UCUAACCUUCUACACCCCAAUAUCAACGCUUUCACAACCGAGCAGAGGACCGACACACCGCUAGCAAUUUUGAAGUGGAUUUCUGUGAUCAGGACCACUAGCCAGCCAUGGAAGAACUUACAGCGUUCGUUUCUAAAUCUUUCGACCAGAAAACCAAGGAGAGCAGUAAGGAGAGUAUCACGUACAGGGAAGUUUUGGAGAGCGGCUUAGCACGAGCCAGGGAGCUGGGUAACUCAGAGACAAACCUUCAGGACAUUACCGAAACCAGCAAUCAUUGUGCGGUACACUUAUUCAAAGAACACGUAGAGCUGGAAAAAGAAAAACUGAAGGAGUUUAAUGUUUCAAGGGCCUCUGAAGGGAUAUACGAAUGCAAGGACAAGAAAGAGGAAGUGAAAUCCGAGGAUGAAGACGCUCAAAGCAAACUCAAACAGAGACGGAGUAGAACAAAUUUUACUUUGGAGCAGCUGAACGAACUGGAAAGACUCUUUGAUGAGACGCACUAUCCGGAUGCCUUCAUGAGAGAGGAGCUAAGUCAGCGGCUAGGGCUGUCGGAGGCCAGGGUCCAGGUUUGGUUUCAGAACAGAAGAGCUAAAUGUCGAAAACAAGAAAAUCAAAUGCAUAAAGGCGUCAUCUUGGGUAACGCGAGCCACUUGGAUGCAUGCAGAGUUGCUCCAUAUGUGAACAUGGGUGCCCUCAGAAUGCCUUUUCAACAGGUUCAGGCCCAGCUGCAGCUGGAAGGAGUGGCACACUCCCACCCACACCUGCACCCUCACCUGGCGGCCCACGCCCCUUACCUAAUGUUCCCGCCCCCACCCUUCGGACUACCGAUCGCGUCGCUGGCUGACUCUGCCUCCGCUGCUGCGGCCGUGGCGGCGGCCGCCAAGAGCAACAGCAAGAACUCCAGCAUCGCUGACCUCAGACUCAAGGCAGGAGUUCUUGGAGGUCUGUGGUUCAGUCCAUUCCAGGCACAGAUCACAGCCCCAGGACCAUACAAAUCGUGUCUGGAUGUCUGAAAACCUGCCUUUUAACAUGAGGAGACUUUUAAAAGUGGGCAAAGCGAAAGCAGACAUCAGAACACAGCUAGUGUCCAUGACGCUUUGUUGAGAACCUGUGUGGACGGAAAGACACUGAGGCUUUUUUGGAUACCCAGCUUCAUUAUUGCGGCCAUGUUUGCCUCCAACCACUGUGCUCCUGCCUCUGCCCGCUGCAUGCAUUUGAUGGAAGGAAAAAAAAAAAAAACCUUUUGGGGCUGGCCUCCAUGGUGACUGGCACACGUCUGACUACGUUAAUCACUGCCAUGAAAAGAUUCCACUAUAUUCAUCUUCUGCAGAGU